GUUUCCAGCUGACAACCAAUGACACGUCAUUUGAUCUUACAUACCAUGAGGCCUCGGCAACAACGAGCAUGAAAUAAGCACAUGCUUCAGACCCUCAUCUGAUCGGGGACCAUGUAAUUUGUGUUAUUCUUCGAAGAACCCGAGAUACAGAGCAUAAGAGGUUACUUCUUGGAUCAUAUCUCCCCUGAUUUCUACAUUCUCAUAUCCAAAUAUUGGAGCGAAGGAUUCAUCUCCGCGUCAUGGAAGGGGAAUUCACCACGAGUGAUGGCACGAAGCUGUACAAGAAGACGUGGAAGCCUUCAUCUGGACAAAUAUCAGCCGUACUCAUUUUUCUUCAUGGCUUCUCUGACCAUAUCAACGCAUACUACGAGUUCUUCCCGACUCUCAGCUCAUCUCCAUGCAAUAUCGCCGUAUACGGCUUCGACCAACGAGGCUGGGGCCGCUCGGUCCGCAAGCCAGAUGAGCGCGGAUUGACAGGGCCAACAAGUCUCGUUUUGUUCGACAUACACGAUUUCGUGCUGCAUGUGGCCUCGCUACCCGAGACGCACGGCAAACCAUUGUUCCUGAUGGGACACAGCAUGGGCGGCGGCGAGGCUUUAUGUUACACGCUGUCUACAUCGCCGAAAUUCUCGAAUCGGCCACCCAUACGAGGUCUCCUUCUCGAAGCACCCUACGUCGAGCUCGACCCAUCCGAGCAGCCCUCACCACUACUUGUUUCUGCCGGGAAACUGGCCGCCAUGGUUCUACCGCACAGACAAAUGAAGCAGAAACUCCACGCAACGUACAUGUCACGGUCCGCCAAAGUCCGACAAGAGUGGGUCGACGACCCGCUAUGUCAUGAUACAGGAACACUCGAAGGCCUCAAGGGUCUACUCCAGCGGGCAGGCGAUCUUUCAGCGCUAUCUCACGGCCGCAAGGUUGAUGGUUUGACCACGAGAGUCCCUUGUCCUGUGUGGGUAGCGCACGGCACCAGCGAUCGUGUCGUCUCUCCUACCGCUGCCCAAAGAUUGUUUGAUGUCCUCGAAGCUCCCAACGGCGACAAGGUGUUCCAUUCGUAUCCGGACGCCUACCACAAGCUCCACGCGGAGCCGGAGGGAGUCGGAGAGCAGUUCGCAAAGGACGUUGCAAACUGGAUCCUGACCCAUGCUGCUGAGUCGUCGGAGACUGCUCAGGUCCGUCCUUAGCUCUCCCCUCCAUGCGGUCUGAUGAGUAACCUGUCGAACAGCCGAAGUCAAAGUUAUGAUUGAAUAGCAGUGAACGAGUUUCAGGAUAUGGCGCACUGCCUCAGUGCUGCCCAGCCAUACUUGCCUACUCAAGCCUUUGCCUUUUCAGAUUGCACACUCAAUGCAAGUGACGAUAGUAUGAUGGGGCUGCUGCUUCGCUUUCGCGGCAUCAACGGACUAGCACCAAGCAAUCCAGAGAACGACUCGUCUCAUCCUUGAAAGGGCGCAAGCGGUGCGGAAGCUGACAUACGGCCCUACGAAAUGAGCUUGGCGAGAUUUCACCUCAGCAAAACACGUGGUGGUCGCACAGGGAACUCGAAGUGUUAAGCUCAACUUGACCAAGAGAAUGUGUGCAAGAUCGUUGCUGGUGCGGUGUGGAAUAGGUCCUUCUGAUCAACAUUGACGUUGACGCCGACACGAAUUGCAGGUGAUUGAAUGCCUAGGUAUGUAGGCGCUGAUUUCUAGUUCAAGCAACAGGAUGCACUGCGCAGGAUGAUUGCCUAUGAUUUUUAGGCUAUUACUUGUAGAGUUGGCAUUGGCUCUCGAUGUUGAGGUGUGCAUAGUAGCAGUAUGAGUAUGCCUGGUAGUGUCACUACUACCUGCCUACUACUACCUACCUAGUGGGUACCUACCUAGGUAGGUACAGUCCUAUGAUGGGCGGACCGCGGACGUUUCAGACCAGGUGGUAAUACAGCUGACUGACAAAAUCUUUUUUUCACGGACGCUAAGCAAAUUUUGCGUCCUACUAUGGAUGUCCGGUAAUACAGCGUCAGACAGUGGACACUCCGUGGGAUUAUACUAUGUAAUAUUCCAGUUGAAGUUGCACCAUCCUAAUCAGUACUAGUGGGCC